UUUGUUUUUAUUAUUUUAAUCUCCUUUUCUUGUUUAAUAAGAAGACCCAUUUUUCAGUUUCGUUUUUGGUUAAUUCUUGAUGGUUAUUGGGACGAAAUGGCCGUGGAACUAAUGAUGGGUUUUGGGAUCGACAGUUUCGCAGCCAACACCACCACCAACAUGGAAGAGAAUGCCGUGAAGGAAGCUGCUUCAGCUGGGAUUCAGAGCGUGGAGAAAUUCUUGAGACUUGUCUCUCAACAAAAUCACCAUCAACAAUACCACCAAGAUGUGACGGAGUACAGAGAAGUUGCAGAUGUGGCUGUGAACAAGUUCAAGAAGGUCAUUUCGUUGCUCGACAAAGGAAGAACUGGCCACGCUCGUUUCAGAAGAGCUCCUCUAUCUUUACCAUCUUCAUCAUCUCCUCCUUCUGAUCAUGCUCCAACUCAGGAAAAUCCAUCUGGAUCUUCAGUUCUCGAAGUUAUACCAAUAAAUCACCAGAAGCCAGAGCACGGCGGCUCUGCUUUCAAGGUUUAUUGUCCGACGCCGGUUUUGCGUUUGCCUCCUCUGCCUCACAACCACAACCAGCAGGUCCAGCCUCGCCAUAAUCACCACCACCAGGUAAAUAAUGCUCCGAGUUUGUUGGGCAAAAAUGGUUCUGUGGACAAGAAGGAAUCGGGUACGACAAUCAAUUUCUCGCCGUCGCCGUCGAUCUCCGCCGCCAAUUCGUUCAUGUCGACUCUUACUGGGGACACCGAUAGUACUAUCCAGCCCUCGCUUUCUUCUGGGUUUCAGCUCACUAAUCUGUCGCAGUCCUCGGGAAAACCGCCUCUCUCGUCGUCGUCGUACAAGAGGAAGUGCAGCUCCGUGGACGACGCUGCUUUGAGGUGUGGUUCGUCUUCUGAACGGUGCCACUGUUCGAAGAAAAGCAGGAAAUCUAAAGUGAAGAGAGUAAUCAGAGUCCCGGCAAUCAGUAUGAAGAUGGCAGAUAUUCCACCGGAUGAGUACUCAUGGAGAAAAUACGGCCAGAAACCCAUCAAAGGCUCACCUCAUCCACGUGGAUAUUACAAGUGCAGUAGCCUGAGAGGCUGCCCAGCGCGGAAACACGUGGAACGCGCUCUAGACGAUCCGGCGAUGCUAAUUGUGACGUACGAAGGCGAUCAUAACCACACUCAGUCUGUCUCGGAAGCAACGGCUUCCGCCCUUGUCCUUGAAUCAUCGUAGUCAACUGGUCGGACGGCUGAGAAUUUGAAUUAUCGUCAUCAACUAAUCCGACGGCAGAGGAUUUGAAUCAUCGUAUAGUUAACUGAUCGGACGGCUGAGGAUUCGUCUCUGUUAAAAAACAGUAUUAUUAUAGUCACCGGCAAUGAGUGGAGUUAUAGUCAACUAUGGGGCAUUGGGCACCGUCUCCGAGAAGUUAGUGGAUACGGCAUGGCCUGCUCAUACAGAAAAAAGCAGUGUAGGAUUCCCUUUUUUUUGUUUUUGUUUUUGUUUUUUAACGCUGGUUUUUGACGUUUUUGGGUUUAGAUUAGAAAUGGAAACGAUAUAUAUGAGGUGGCAUAGAUAUGAUGGAUUUGGUUGGAAGGUCAAUCAUGCUAGGC